GAGGCGGGGGGCGGCGGCGCUCACGGGCACGGGCGCGGACACGAGCGGGGGCUGCGCGCUCUGCCCCGCGCACACUCGCGCCCCGCUCCGCUCCCCGAAAAGCGCCGGUGCCGGUACCGGUGCCGGUGCCGCCGGUGCCCCGCCGCCGGGAUGAAGACGGAGGAGGCUCCGUCCUGCCUGCAGCAGGCGACGCCGGUUCUGGGCUUCGGUUCCGACCCCAAGAUGCGGGAGGUGUGCGCCGGCUGCGACACCCCCAUCUCCGACCGCUUCCUCCUGCGCGUCAACGAGCGCUCCUGGCACGAAGGCUGCGUGAAAUGCGCCGUCUGCCUGCAGCCCCUCUCCGGCACCUGCUACUGCCGCAACCGGCAGCUCUACUGCAAGCACGACUACGAGAAGCUGUUCCAGACCAAGUGCAGCAGCUGCCUGAAGGCGAUCGCCCCGUCCGAGCUCAUCAUGCGGGUGCUGGAGAACGUCUACCACGUCCACUGCUUCUACUGCUGCGAGUGCGAGCGGCGCCUGCAGCGGGGGGACGAGUUUGUGCUCAAGGAGGGGCAGCUGCUGUGCCGCAGCGACUACGAGAAGGAGAAGGAGAUGCUGAGCGCUAUCAGCCCCGCACCCACCGAGUCUGUGAAAAGCGAGGACGAAGACGGCAGCCACUCACACGGCAAAGGCGGCGAGGAGAGCAAAGACCACAAGCGCUCCAAGCGCCCGCGCACCAUCCUCACCACGCAGCAGCGGCGGGCCUUCAAGGCUUCCUUCGAGGUUUCCUCAAAGCCUUGCAGGAAGGUGAGGGAGACCCUGGCAGCUGAGACGGGCCUGACCGUGCGGGUGGUGCAGGUCUGGUUCCAGAACCAAAGAGCCAAGAUGAAGAAGAUCGCUCGCAGGCAGCAGCAGCAGCAGCAGCAACAGCAGGAGCAAGACCAGCUGGGCAACCCUCGCCUGGGGAGCGGGAGGGGGACCGGCCGCAACAGCAGGCAGAGCAACGAUGACAGUGAAGACGGUGCAAGCGUUCACGGCCUGGACGGGCUGAUGGUUCCCUAUCCUCGCAUCCCCCAGCAGCAGCUGCUGCCCCUGGAUCAGAACGGCUACAGCACAGACUUGUACAGACAAGGGCUCACACCGCCCCAGCUGCCAGGAGACCAUCUGCACCCCUACGACUCAGAAGGAGUUUUCCACGACAUGGACAGCGACAGCAUCAGCCACCUGGGAGACUGCCUGCUGUCCACGGCUGAGGCCAACCUCCUCCAGGCCCGUGUGGGCAAUCCCAUCGACCGACUCUACUCCAUGCAGAGCUCCUACUUCACCUCCUGACCAUAGAAAAGCUCCCGGCUCUUCGCGAGGAUCUCGGGUGGAUGCUGCUCCAAAUUCAGAAGUGGGGGUGAGGGAGGAGAAACCAGACUGAGACCGUCGGAGACAUUCCUCAAGCACUGCACAGCGGAGGAGGCAGCUGGGUCCGCCACACACACGAGCACUAACCCGCAGGACCUUUCACAGCCUGAAGGACUUUGGAUUGUCUCUCUCCUUUUUUUUCUAGCCACGAGUAGAUCAAUGGUAUGAUGUUGUUUAGCUGUACCUUUAGCAGUUUGUCCAGUGUUUAAGCUUUUGAGCAUUAUGUCCUUCAAACAAAGACUGGCCAAGCUAACCAGGGUGGCCCCCAGAAGUAGCAGGUGCCCUUCACACACAAACUCUGUUUAUUUAAGUCCUGGUUGCAGCUGAGCUGCCCGCCGGGCUGUUUUGCUUCAUUUCCCAGCCUAUGGGACAAGGUUAAUUUUCAACAUCAAAAGCCAAGGUCCUGAGGCAUCUCUAAGGGAUGCCACUGCUGCUUCGGAGAUUCUCUUCAUGGCUGUCGAUCAGUUGGCACGGUACGGUUUUUUAAUGGUUGACAUUUCAGAAAUGCACGACAGCCUGGCUCCGGAAUGAAACGGCUGUGCUCGGGUAUCUGCUUCAAGAAACAGCAGUAUUCAUGCUCUGUCAUGCUCAAGGAUGCCAAGAGAAGUGUAACACAUCCACAGCGAGCUUUCUAUUGCCUUUACGUCUGUCUUUCUUUCUCUAAAGGGGCACUUCUACUCCCUUUAUGGGCGGAACAAAGACUAUCUUCUGUUUGUUUCCUUUUUAAAAUAGCAAAGUGAAACGGUUUUACUCUAAAAAUAUUCCUGCUAGAAAGCCCCUUCUCUAUAGCAGGAUUUCCCACUCUGGCUCCUCUUUCAGGCAUCCUAACACCCCGCUUCCUUCCAACAAGUGACGGGAGAAAGAAAUUGCGUCGCAUUAUCUCACUUACCUCCAGCAGGCUACAUCUGGAUUAUGCUUUGAGGACAGCCCAGCGGUGACAGCAGGACUCAACCAAGAGAAAAGCGUGUCUCUGCUGUGGGUAGCGAGCAGAAAUCCAUUUUCUCCCAUUUUUUUCUCAUGAAAGAAUCCAUUUCUUUCAUCACGAUGCCCUCCCGCAUGAGGCAGGCAAGAGUUACGAGAAGCCGACGGGUGCCGAUGUGAAUAUCCACAAAAACUAAAAUGGGCAAGAAAGAGAGAGCAGAGACUGGGAGCCUGAAUUAUUACCAAAGGGAAAUCCUUCAGUCUCCUGCCCAGGACCCAAGUCCGGGAUUCUUUGUAUUUGUGAAGGACAGCCAGUAUUCCUAGAAAGGUCAGGUUUCCCCAAGAGCAUGCCAGCUGAAGGGACAAGGGCCUUCAGAACUUCAAACUGUCUGUUUGAACAGUGACUAACUGGCAGACAACUCCAGAAGGAAAUGACGACUUCUUUUCACAUCUCGAUCUCCAGGGUUGUGAGCCUAGAAAUGCAACCUGAGAACCUGGCUGGCUGCUGUUUCUGUAUGUGGUGUUUUACUUCUAUGCCUCCACAGGCUUGCCGGUCUGAUUGUAAAGGUGUGUAUCCUCUCAAAUAAGGAAAAAAAAAAAAAAAAAAAAGGAAAAAAAAUGGCUAAUUAU